AUGUCCUCCCAGUCUGGCACAAAUACCGACGGCGCCGAUCCUUGGGAUAAGGAGACGAAGCGCAAGUUCCAGAACAAGUCCAAGAGCGAGUACUUCGACCCCUGCCAGCAGGCGGCCUCGAGAAGCAUUCGAUGCCUCAACCGCAACGGAGGCGAUAGAGCCAUGUGCACCGACUACUUUGAGGCGUAUCGAGCUUGCAAAAAGGAAUGGACCGAAAGACGCACCGCCGAGAAGAAGGGCAGCGGGUUCUUCUCCUGA